GCCUCAGCUGACACCAGCAGAACCAGGAAGCGUCUGGAGAGAAUUAUUACACGUUAAUAUUCACUCGCCGCAUGCAGGCGAUCAUUACUUCACACCUGGAACAGAAGUACAUCUGGCACCUCAGUUCGCCUCGUGGUUUGAAUAAGAUCAGUCAGAGCCAUGUUCGCAGCAGACGACGAGGACGGAGACUUUCUGUCUCCCGCUGGAGGAGCAAAGUUAGCCUCUCUGUUUGGACUGGACCAGGCAGCAAGCCAGGGGAACGAGUCUUUCCAGUACACAGCUCCCAAACAGCCCCGCAAGAACCCCACCAACCCAGGACCCAUAAACCAAAAGGGUGCACCUCCACCAAACUCUCCUGCUGUUCUCUUUGCUACUGCAGUCCAUGCAUACAGAUAUGUUAACGGACAGUACGUGAAACAAGGCAAGCUUGGAGCUGCAGUGCUUGGAAAUCAUUCAACUAAAGAGUACAAGAUCCUGCUGUAUGUCAGUCAACAGAAGCAGGUGACGGCCGCCAGGAUCCACAGCGGCUUCGUCCUCACCGUCCAGCCCAGUAACUACUGCACGUUUUACGAUGACCAGAGACAGAACUGGUCGCUGAUGUUUGACUCUGAGAAAGCAGCGACAGACUUCUGUAAAGAGGUUUGUCUUGCCAAGGUGAACUGCAGCGGUGCGUUCGACUCGGUCCUGAUCCAGGAUCUCGUUCUCGGUGAGGGUCAGGCUGUGGAGAACGGAGACUCUUUAGAAGUGGCCUACUCUGGCUGGCUACUGCAAAACCACACCAUUGGACAGAUGUUUGAUUCAAAUCUGAAUAAAGACAAGCUGCUGAGGCUGAAGCUCGGGGCUGGGAAGGUCAUUAAGGGCUGGGAGGAGGGCAUGUUAAAUAUGCGGAAAGGUGGAAAGCGACUCAUGGUGAUUCCACCCAGUCUGGCGUAUGGCUCUCAGGGCGUUGCCAACCGCGUCCCACCGGACAGCACGCUAAUCUUUGAAGCCGAGAUUCGUCGGGCUAAGUUUGCAAAGGAUGGAAGCUCAAGAGAUUCGGCGGCUCCGUCUCCUGCUCCCAGCGUGGAGAGUCUGACCCCCUCCGAGCUCAACCAGCCCCUCAGCACUGUCCCACAAGCCAGCAAACCCAGUGAAUUGCCUCUUCGAGCGAAAUCCGACUCCCUCAGUGAACAGCUCGGUAAUCCUGACGCCACUAAAGCUAAACUGAUUUCUCGCAUGGCCAGAAUGGGCCAGCCUCUGCUGCCCUUCAUGACCGGCCCGGCCCCGUCGCCCUCACAGCCUGACUCCAGCGACUCCGAACUCGAGGACCCGAGUGUGUCCAGAAUCAAGGAACACAGCAGUGCACCAUCACCGCAGCCUGUGCACAUCUCCUCAUGCCCGCCACCUUCACUGCAGGCUUCGGCCCUUCUACCGGCUAUUAUGGCAACAGCCAAUCCCCAGCCCAUGAAUCCCGGAGCACUACAUGCCUUUCAGCCUGUAAGUCAGAUGUACCCCACACAGGCUGUGCCUUACCAAGGAACUAGUGAUGUCACAUCCUUCUUGAUGACAGAGGCUCGACAACACAACACUGAAAUCCGAUUGGCUGUUGGGAAAGUAGCAGACAAACUGGACAACUUGUCUUCGAAGAUUGAUGACCUACAAAAGCAAGGCAGCGUUUCGUUGGGCUUAUCGAACGUAUCCAUGGAAACAGCAAUGAUCAUGCACAACAUUCAGAGAAUCAUACAGGAGAAUGAAUGUUUGAAGAAAGAGGUUUUUGAGAAAAGCUCCCGCAUCGAGGAGCAGAACCGUAAGAUCGGCGAGCUCAUCAAUCAGAACCAGAGGUAUGUGGAGCAGAAUAAUCUGAGGAUGGAGCAGAGAAACGACUCUCUAAAGAACAGCAGUGAACAGAAUCAGGCCAGAAUACUGCAGGCAGAGCAAGACAAGCAUGCUCUGCCACAGGAAUUGAGUUGGGAUCAGGCUCGUUUGACGGAGGAGCUGGCGUCGUCCACGGCUCGCGUCUCGGAGCUGCAGCUGGAGUUGAGCUCUCAGCACCAGAAGGCCGCAGUGCUGCAGACCAAACUCAACUCGGCUCUGCAGGACAGUCAGCAGCACAGCACACACGCCACAACACUGGAGGCGCAGAUACUGGAGCUGAAGGAGACGGCAGACAGAGUGCAGGGUCAAUACAAGAUGGAAAAACAGAAACGAAAGGAACUGGAGCACAAACUCAACAACUUGGAGGAAGAGCUACAGGACUUGAAAACCGAGAAAGACAAUCUGGAACGAACUCUCUCUGAGAGGAAGAGGAAGUGGCAGUUGGAGAGACAGCGCUGCGAUGAGGAACUGGAGGAAGUGAGGAGGGUGGGCCAGCAGGAGUUAGACAACCUCAGGAGCCAAUUACGUAAAGCCAGAACAAGCACAGACCAAGCUACAGCUGAACAGCUGUCUCAGCUGCAGGCCGAUCUGGAGCAGGAGUGGCAGGUGAAGUGUGACCAGGCUCUGGCAGCGGCUCGUGAACAGCAGAGGAGAGAGAUGACUGAACUCUCCGAGCACAGAGACACACUGCAGCUCAGACUCACACAGCUGCAGGACAAGUUUAAUACACUCAAGCAGUCCCGUGAGUCAGAGGAACAGCUUUCACUACAGCAGCAGGACCAGAGAGAAGAGCUACAGGCCUUGAGAGAAAAGUGCUCUGCGCUGGAGCAGAGAGCGGCGUUGCUGAAGCAGCAGGGAGAGACGAAGGUUUCUGAGCUGGAGAGGAAGCUGACGGAGCAGCAGACAGACACGGCAGAAGAGGUGAAGCGCGUGAUGAAUGGAGUGUUUCAGUCUCUCAGAGGGGAGUUUGAUCUGAGCGAGACCUACACAGGAAGUGAUGUACUCCGAGUGCUGGUCAGCACUAUCAAGAAUGUCACCCUGCAGCUGCUCACAAGAAAAGAGAGAUCUUCAUCUGAACACAGUGAAAAAGAAGAGGAAGACGAGGAUGAGGAGGAGGAGAGGGAGACUGACGCUCAGCCUAGACGUGAGCUGCAUGUAAACGACUCCGGGGAAAAGGAGGAGGAGCAGAGAGAGAGGGAUUCUGCAGGCCUGGAUGAAGAUGCACCACAGCAAGUGGAGAAGAAAGAUGGUCCACCAGCAGAGGAGAAGAAAGACGAAACAGAGGAACUCGAAAGAGAAGAAGACAGGAGUGAAGAGGAAGUUGUGGAAGAGAAGAGUGAAGAGAAAGUUGUGGAAGAGAAGGAAGUGGAAGUUACAGAACGCAAUGUGCAAGAUCAGGAGAACAGUGAGAGCGGCGUAGAAACUAAACACCAAGAAGAGACUGAAAGAGACGUCACAGCCAAACAGGAAGUGACCACAGAGCCACCUGAGGAGAUUCGUCCCACACAGGAAGUGAAGGUAACUGAUGAGAGUGUUUCAGGGCCUUCAGAUGAAGCAGAAAGCACACACAUGACAUUAGGUGGACCUCCCACGAACCCGCCGCCCCCUCCUCCAGCUCUCCAGGACGAGUCCAGCGAUACGUCUGCACUGCUCUCCAGUCCGUCUGAGAGGGUAGAAGAGGAAAAUGGAGAGGAACCAUUUUUCCAGAGUCCCGCCCCUUCACAGCCCCCAUCCGCACCCGCACACACACCCGCAGCGGCCGAUGAAGAGGAGGAGGAGGAGGAGGAGCUGAGUCUGAAAGGACGCCCCCCUCCCGCCCCUCUGUUCGGUGAUGACAGUGAUGAUGCUGAUGACCUGGACUGGCUGGGCUGAUGGGAACCUCCUCAGUCCAGUGUUAAAAACCAGACCACUGCUGGCAACAACACCAGACAGGAGGAAGUGAUGUUUGUGUGCUGGGACGGUCCCGGGAACAGAGAGUAACCUCCUGUCCAAAACCUUCAAAAGCAUUUGAAUGAAAUCUCUCUGGCAGUAUGGAUCGACUGCUGCUCAUAAACUGAUUUACUGCACGUGCUUUAAAAAAAAGAAAAAUCAUCUUUAAAUCUACAAAUACUGACUCAAAAACGGUUGAUUUUUAUUUUUUUCAAUCUUAAUUUAUGAUAUCCCCAUCUUUAACAGGGUUUUGAUGUGUAAUUCAGCUUGCUGUCUCUGUUAUUAAUAUUUAUACCUUGUACUAACCGCAAUUAGUUGCAUAUUAAUAAAGAAAUGAGACUGUCUGU